AUGGAUAUAAAUUUAGAAGAGAGGUCAUAUACCUCGCCUUUGUUGCAUUAUAUAUAUAAUAAGGAUGAUAAAAGAAAUAAAAUAUCUGGUAGUGAAAUGAAGAAUAAAAGUUUUAUACCUUAUAGUAUAAGAUUAUGUAAUUUACCAAUAAAAAAUGCAAAGGAUAAUUCAUAUAUGUCUAAUAUAAAUUCUUUAAAUAUAAUUAAUAUGUUACCUUUAUCUUUAUUUUCUAAUUAUAAUAGUAAUAAUAUGACAUCAACAGAUAUUUUAUUUCUACCAAAAUUUUCAACCUUCCUAUUUUUUACCAUACCAAUAUUUGUGAUGCUUCCUAAUCUUACCUUAUAUACAAAGCACUGGUUUUUCUACGCCCCAAAAUAA